GGGAGAAAGAGAGAGAGAGAGAGAGAGCUGCCAGUAGGAUUGAUCUCUGUCUGUUUGAGGAAAGUGUUGGACUAGGGUGGACUAUUGGUCUAAAGUUGGUUAUUUAAAUACUGAAGACUGAAGCAUCUCCACUUCAGAAUGAUCAAAUGUUUCGGUUGGACCUACUCAAGAAGGUAAUUUGGAUCAUGGCCGGCAAGCAAGGAAGACAAUGGAGGUCGAUGUGCAAGGGCUUGGUCCUGGGCACUCUGCUCACCAGCUGCAUGAUCCUGCUCUACUGCCUCUCCUCUCUGCAGGACCACGGCACCUUCCCAGAGGUUCCUGUUCCUUACUCUUGUGCCCACCGCCCCGCCAACUUGCCGCAGACCACCAACGGCUCGGACCCCCGGCCGGGCGCGCCCCUCUGCAGCCCCAAGGUGGACGUCAUGUUCAUGAAGACCCAUAAGACCGCCAGCAGCACGCUCAUCAACAUCCUGUUCCGCUUCGGCGAGAAGCACCGCCUCAAGUUCGCCUUCCCCAGCAGCAGGAACGACUUCCUCUACCCGGCGUUCUUCCAGCGCUCGCAGGUGAAGGACUUCAAGCCCGGCAUGUGCUUCAACAUCGUGUGUAACCACAUGCGCUUCGACGCCGCCGAGGUGGCCAAGCUGCUGCCCGCCGACACGGCCUACGUGACCAUCCUGCGGGACCCCGCCGAGCUAUUCGAGUCCUCCUUCCACUACUUCGGCCGCACGGCCCCGCUGACCUGGAAGAUCCCCGGGGAGGACAAGCUCCGGGAGUUCCUGCGUGACCCCCACUACUACUACGACCCCGAGGGCUUCAACGCCUUCUACCUGAAGAACCUGCUGUUCUUCGACCUGGGGCAGGACAACAGCCUGGAGCCCGGAGACCCGCGCGUGGACCAGGGCAUCCGGGCCAUCGCCGACCGCUUCCACCUGGUCAUGCUGGCGGAGCACUUUGAGGAGUCGCUCAUCCUGCUGAAGGACGCCCUCUGCUGGGAGACAGAGGACCUGCUCUUCUUCAGGCUCAACGAGAGGAAGGGCUCUACGGUGUCCAAGCUGGAGCCCGAGCUGAGGGCCAAAGCCCUGGAGUGGAACGCCGUGGACUGGAAGCUCUACCAGCACUUCAACGCCACCUUCUGGAGGAAAGUGGACGCGUACGGACGCCAGCGUAUGGCGGAGGACGUGGGGCUCCGACGGAGGAACGCCGAGAUGGCGGCCCUCUGCAUCGAGGGGGGCCAUGCCGUGGAGGCCACCCGCAUUCAGGAGAAGGACAUGCUGCCCUGGCAGCCCAUCGGGGAGAAGUCCAUCAUGGGCUACAACCUGAAGAAGAACGUGGACAAGAAGCAUCGCAAGGUGUGCCGCAAGAUGCUGAUGCCAGAGUUACAGUAUCUGACGGAGAUGGGAGUCAACCUGUGGAUCACCAAGCUGUGGGGUCACGUCAGAGACGUCAUUAACUGGUGACCCGCUACGCAGACUGGGAGAGGACCAUUACAGUGCUAUUAAAACAAUGAAACAGUGGAGGGAGUGUGGGAGAGCUGUGCAAACUAUUGUUUUGUUUGUCUUUAGUCUGGGUCACGUGACCGUCUUACUGUGACCGUACCUACUGAAGAAGAGGCUCCUCUUGUUUGUAAAUAUUUGUAUAUUUUUGCCAUGUGUAAUAUAUCUGAUGGACGCUUGUAAAAACGAUAUUGACCAUCAGACAAUCUUAAGAAUUUUGAAACACAUAAUUUCAUAUGUGAGGGAGGUUGACUCUAUAUUAUUGUCAAUGUAUGCAGUUGAAUAA